UCCGCAUCAUCGGAUGCUCUCUAUUUUACUGUACUGAAUUGUUGCUCUCUACUUGCAGUUACCUGCCCUACUCCUGACAAGGCUCCCUAUUGAUAGAUACUUUGCGGCUUCUGCCAUUUCCUCCCACCCAUUCCUUGUCCGCCUAUUCAUCACUUAAGACACAACUGCUUUGACUUUUUGUCGUCUCAAAGAUGAAUUGGCCGGUUUUUGCGUCGAGGCCUCCUCUCCCUAAUAUGUCAUCUCCCCCAACUUCCAAGCGCAUCAAAACAGCUGUUGCCUCCAACACACCCACGCACCCCCUAAACCAACAGCAACAGCAGCAGCCUCCUCCUUUUACGGGGCCUGGCCCCUUCGAAAGCGCCUCUAUGGUGCCCAUUUCUACUCCAGCCCCAGCUCCAGCCCCAGCAGCUCCAAAUCCCCGGAAGCGACGCGAGGGAAAUACCACUACUACUAGUGCAGCUGGCGCACCAACUGCACCCGAAACUACGGUCAAAAAAAAGGGCCGAACAAACACGCCAUGGACGGCAGAGGAGGAGCAACGACUCAAGACUAUGCGCGAUGCUGGGAGCACUUGGAGUGAGAUUGCCAAGACUUUCCCCAUGCGAACUGAAGGAAGUGUGAAGAAACAUUGGUACAAGGACAUGCAUUAUGCUGAAUUCACUGAGGAGGAGUCCAUAACACUACGCGAUGCCAUCAAAGAAUACGAAUCAAAUAAAUGGAAAGUCAUUGGGCAGAAAAUUGGGAAACCAGCAAAGGCUUGUGAGCAAUACGCCAAGGAGCAUUUUAAAAGCAUCUAAGAUGUACCUCGAGCUCGGAAAAUUACUUUUUAUACUAAAUCCACCCUCUUUCCUGACAACUGACACUCGUGCUUGUGCCGUUGUAUAUCCCCACUAUGUCACUAUUCUCAUCCAGGAAGUUAUUUAUGAAUUGCCACAACAUUAUGACGAGUAAGCGAAUCGCAGGCUUCAGGAGUUUAGGCUGGGCGUUCACACCUUAUUAUAGUGGUUAGUAACAAGGUGGGGCAAGUCUAUGCAGUUUUCACGCGAUUGCUAUACCCCCGUUUCCUAUGUUCUCUAUCUACCCUUUUCUACUCAUUUCUUUCAUUUUUCACUUCCGUUCAUCUUUUUUUCCUUUCAAAAUGCCUCUCUGUGCUUGGGAAUGGGGUUUUUCGGGAAACGGCUCAUUGGGCAACAUAUCUAUAUGAAUGCGAGCAGGAUCGUUUGGUUGCUAAUUACCUUCUUUUCUUGUGUAAUUCUUUCAUUUCCGUACCUACUUUUUUUUUUAUUGGUUUUAUUCCGUUCUUCAGAUUUCUUGAUUCAAACACCCGUCCCUCCCUCUCUGUUCCCCUGUUCUCUUAUACAUUUUCCUAUCGUGCGUCCCAUUACUUCCAAUCUUGAAUUCGGGUGGUAUAUCAUAUCAAAACCAACUG